AUGGACCUCACUCCCUCCGCCAUACCCCUCGCCGUCCACCCAACCGCCGCCUUCACAACUCUCCCCCCUCCCUCUCCACCACCACCAACCACACUCCCCUGGCCUCUCUGCCCCCUCAACCCCGCCACCCGAAUCAACAGCCUCACCCCCGUCCUCAACCCCCACUGGCGCCUCGACCUCUGCAGCUCCCAAGGAACCCAAUUCCACACCAUCCCCCUCACUCUCCCUCUCCCACCACCCCUCUUCAUCACCACCACAAUCCCACCUUCAUCCGCACACCCAUCUCUGUCACACCUCCUUGAUCUCCCUCAAGCAUUCAGCCGCCGCGGCAACUCUAUCCAGGGACUCGGGAUCGCUCAGCAUGUUCUCCGUGCCUUGGAGCACUAUUCCGCCAAACACCCUCGGUUUGCAGAGACCUACCGCACCCUUCCCUUCGGCUCCCAAAUCGUCAUCUCGCGCCUUAACAAAGACGUUAGAAAAUGCCACAUCACCCUCCUCCGCAACACGCAGCUUGAGCACACGCUCCUCAACCCCUCCGCGCUAGCUGCGCUCGCCCCUGAGAUCUCCGCCGGGGCCUGGCCAGAGGCGAUCGACAUCACAUCAAUGACUCUCGUGCGUCAGAUACACGACAGUGUCUGCGUCGUCGCUCUCCCACAUUCCGAGCCGGGGAAGCCGCAGGAACUGGUCAUGAAAGCUGUGGCAGGUGAUCCGAAGUACCUCUACCACGAGCUGAUCUCACUGCUCCAUCUCCCAGCGCAUCCCAACAUCAUCCGCCCGCUAUACCUGGCGACGAAGAAAUGCGGGUUUGGCGGCAAGGUGGGUGUGGUGGGGAUGCUACUCCCAUUCCACCGCGCGGGAAGCCUUCGGGAUGUGCUACCCCUUCGUUCUCUAACAGGAACAUUGGCUUGGACUGAUCAAAUGCGCUGGGCGAAGGGAUUAGUCGACGCACUGGUGCAUGUUCUGCGCCAGGGAAGUUAUUAUUCGGACCUGAGGGUUGAUAAUGUGGUGCUUGCCGAGAACGGGGAGGCUGUGCUGGUGGAUUUUGAGCAGAGGGGUGUGUGGGCGGGAUUUUCAGCGCCAGAGGUCGCGUGUAUCGAGAAUUUAGCCAUCAUUGCGAUGAGUGCUCAUGGGGAGGUGCCGGAAGUUGUGAGGGCCGAGUAUCGUGCGAAGAUGGAUCGGUUUUUGCCGGGGUGGAGGGACGUCGGGAGGGGGGCGCAUAAGGGGAGGACCGAGGGGUUUGCAUUGGGGUGGUUGGCGAUGAAUGCGGAGGAGAGGGAAGCGGCUAUGGUUUAUAUGCUUGGUAGAGCACUGUGGUGUAUAUUUGAGGCAGUGGGAAUGCCAGAGCGAGCAGUGUGGAGGCAGGGUGGAGAAGGCGGGGUAGAGUUCCCAGCGUAUAGGAGGGCGGGGCAGAGGGAGAGGGAGUUGAUUGAUAGGUGUACGAAGGGGAGGGUGGAGGGGAGGAGAGAGCAAGGAGUGGUGAGGAUAGGGGGAAGGAUUGUGCUGAAGGAUGGAGACGGGACGGAGAGUCCAGAGGUUGUGCAGCGGGCUGCGAAGGAAUGGUGGGUUGAGGAGCUGGAGAGGGGAGAAAGGUUCUUGGAGGAGAGAGAGAUACGGAGGGAGGAGAGGAGAGAAAGCGGCGAGGUGGGAGGGUUUUCUGUGUUUGGUGGGAGGCCGAGAUUGGAGGAGGUGCUUGAUAUUUUGGAGGGUUGGGAGUGUGAUGUGUGA